UAAUUGUUCUAUAUAUAUGUGUGUGUGUGUUUUACAACCCUGUGCUCUAAUUAUAGCAUAAUACAUUUCUCUAGGAAAAAUAUCAGACUGGUUUCACUCAAUAGCUACCCUGCAGGAUUAUUGAAGGGCAAAGUGGUUGCCGGAGCUAGCAAAAUACGUACGACGUACAAGCAUGAAGGCCGACGGUGCAACCGAGGGCGGCGGUGGAGAAGCAUCUAGAGGGGCAAGGGGAAUCUCCAUAAUCGACCUGAUUUUACGAGUAGUCGCCAUUGUUGGAAGCUUGGGAAGUGCAGUGGCAAUGGGGACGACAGACCAGACACUUCCCUUCAUCAUCCAGUCCUUCCGGUUUGAGGCUCAAUAUGAUGAUUUUGAUACAUUCAAGCUGUUCGUGAUCGUGAGCGCCAUUGUCUGUGGCUACCUUGCUCUUUCACUCCCACUCUCCAUUUUCCACAUUCUAAGGACCAGAGCAGAAAAGAGCAGGAUCUUGCUUAUAUUUUUGGACACGAUGAUGAUGGGUCUUCUCACAGCCGGAGCAUCCUCAGCAGCAGGCAUAGUAUACCUUGCACACAAUGGCAAUUCCUCUGCAAACUGGCCUGCAAUAUGCCAACCAUUUCAAGAUUUCUGCCGGAGAACUUCUGCCUCUUUAAUUGGAUCCUUCGUCGCCAUUGUUAUGCUUCUUCUGCUCGUUCUGCUGUCAGCCAUUGCCCUACACAGAAGCCAUUAGAUUGCUGAAGAUAAUUGCUCACUGAAAACUCUGUGUUUUGUGUUCAAUUCUCAGUCUGUUUUUUGGAGAAACAACUGAGGUUAGUUGCUUGUGUGAAACAAACAUGUUGUAGUUUUUUAGUUUUUGGACUAUUCCGUUCUUGUGUAAUAGCCUGCAAAUUAUAUAUCACAUGAAAGAUUUAUAAACUA